AAUUAUUCAGUUACUAAGAAUGGCCAAUAAUCAUACAGUCACGAGACUCCUUCAAGUACAUGAGGAGGCAGCGCCAGCAGUGCAUAUACCCAUUCUGGUGGGUAAUGAAGUGUUUGUGGUUGUACAGCAGGACAUCAGGCGGACGGAGGACAUACGUAAAUUGAGCUACACUCAAGUGCUUUCCAAUCCACCCAAUCAUCCCUUUCUGCCCAUUUUCAAUCAACUUAAUGCUAAUGUUUUUGGUAGUAGCGCACCAGCUACUCAGCUUUCCGCACUGCAAGCAUUACUUUUGGCCGGCCAGGCACAGAAUACCUCCACUUUUCCAACUAGUCCACCUUGUCCGGACAUUGAAAUGGAAUCAAACCCCGCGAAAAUGGUGGCGGACGUGUCUAACCAAUUGCUUUGGUCCAAGCAGCCCAGGUGCACUUCACCUUAUCCGAUGAAUUACAGCACUUCAACAUCGACCAGUGGACUCUUAGACUUCAAGCCGAUCAAACGCAACAAGAGGCAGAGUGCAGAUAAAAGAGAUGGUAGUUGCCAAACGUGGACAAAGUCCACUGCAACGGACGCAGGGUCACAAACCACUCCGCAGCCAACUACCACGGUGGAAGUAAACAAUGUAAAAAAAACUCAAUCCAGUGGAUGCCAGCCGUCCAGCCCCAACACACAAUUGCAGGAGAAAAAAUCGGAGAAAUCUCUGUCCAAGCGACGCAGCUUAUGCAAAGUCAUGUUUAAAUCCAAAACGCAAAUACCUAAGGAGACCUCCAAGGAGACGAAGGAAAAAGACCUCAAACCGAAAGAGGUUCUGGACAAGGACAAGGCGAAGGUUACGAAGGAUACGAAAUAGCAAUCGUAUUACAUCAGCGCUGGCCACUCGAAAUAAGGUUUUAGAUUUUAGAAUUUGACCUUAUCUGAAUUUUAUGUCUUAUCAGUUGGCUUAAUUACGGGCCCCUUUUUCUUCUUCUUCUUUUGCGGCUUGUCGACAUCCGGCUCACCCUGGUCAUCAAAAUAACGCUUGGG